GGCAAAAACUACUUAAGGCUAAUUCUGUCCUAACUUGGAACUAUAGGAAUUCGAAGUAAUAAAUAAUAGCAUUGGACCACAGUGCUCUCUGGCAUCUCUGAGAAGUUCACAAGUUCAGAAUAUCCACAAAUGCCAGUGGCAGUAUUUGUUAUUACUAUUCAUUAAGCAACACUGAAUAUUUCAACAAUUUAUGAGCUAGUUCUGUAAACACAAGAAAAUGGUUGUGGUAGAACACUGUCAGAUGGUCUAUGCCUCAGAUAAUUGGCCCCUCAUUCCAGUUGUCCCUGCGACGACGUGAACCCUUUCCCUAAAGAUUUUCUUUCAUGAUUGGAAAUGGGAUCUUUCUCUUGCUCUCAGAUUCAGCCUAAACUCUCUACAACCCCAGAUUCUGAAGGCCCCAAGGCAAGUCCCCCAAGCCUUCUCCCAUCGUUUCCGAUAUAUAAUCAGACCGAGAUCUCUGCGGUGCAUCUGGAGUUCAUAUAACAACUAAAGGCCUCUCAGGAUGGAUGUCACCCGCCUGUUCCUGGCCUCUCUGCUGGUCUGCCUGUACUUUCUCAUUGCCCACAGCCACCUGGAACUCAAGGAGAAACCCAGAGAUGACAGGAGCCUGAAGAGCAAUUGCUCCAUGAAACUGUUGGAUUUCCCUUCUGUCUCAGUCGUGGCACUGAACAAGAAAUCCAAAAGGAUCCUCAGCAGAAAAGAAGCUGAAAUGAUGAAGGGACCUUCCAAGAAGAAGGCUUCGGUGAAGAAGGCGGCGCGGCCCCGACCCCCGCCGCCCGCUGGCUGCGUGGCCACCCGCGACAGCUGCAAGCCGCCGGCGCCUGCCUGCUGCGACCCGUGCGCCUCCUGCCAGUGCCGCUUCUUCCGCAGCGCCUGCUCCUGCCGCGUGCUGAGCCCCAACUGCUGAGCGCGCCCGCCUCCCGGCCCGGUGGCAGGGCGCGGGCCGGCGGGGCUCCCUGGAGAACAGGGGACGCUUCUUGGCAGGUGAUCUUAGUAGGUGUGGCUUCCGAGGACUGAGCGCAGGCGAGGCGGCUGAGGUUGGGCAGAGCUUUCAGGAGGCGGGACUGCAAGGAGACUUGGCUUGGGCUAAAAUCUAAAUACAUGUGGGCUGUUCCGAGCUCUGUGGCUGAAAGAGAUCCCUUUCUCUUUCCUUUUGCCGAUACCCCUUCACCGCAGAAAGUCCUGCGGACUGCGCACCCACUAUCUGCACCGAGCUGGGAGAGUCCGGCUAUCCGAUCCAUAGGGCUGCGCUCCUUGUAAUUGCUUCUCCGGGUCCUGCAGCUGGGAACGCUGAUGCCUCCUACCUUUAAACUUCAGGACACCCGGGAAUGCCUUCAAAACCAGGGAACUCAGUCUCUCACCCUUUCCCUCUCCUGAAGAGCCCUCCUACCCCUGUACCCCGGAAAAGAAAAAGAAAUGUUCCAACUCCAGGGGAGUCUGCACUCUGAGGAUAAAGACUGGGGUGGCUAUUUAGAAGGAGCGUUGCUGUGGGUCCCUACAGCCAAAGGCUCUAGGCUGAGGGGCCUUAGAAUUGUAGGACUCUGCCAAACAGAUGCACUUGUGCCCACUCCACCCUCCCCAGCCGUUCGCAGAGGUGCUGAAACCUAGGAGGAGUUUCCCCCACUCCCAGGCUAAAUGAAUACUGAUCAUUGGUCCCCAGGCAUUUUUAACUGAUAGGCUAGAGUUUGGGCUCUCAAGUAGGAAGCAAGGACUCCAGGGUCCUUCCUCACCUCCCAUCACAGCUCUGUCAGCCAGGAAUGAGAAAAUGGGUCUGAGCUUGUUGUGAGUAGGCAGCAGCCUUUGUACUGGAUUAUCAGGGACCUGUGGCCAAAAAUGCCCCAGGCUGUUGACUGAAAUCCUGUCCUCAGAAAUGCUCUGAGUCUGGGAGAAGCCGAGGUGCAGCAUUAUAUCUUCGGAAGGACCCUGGGAGAAAAGCACCUGGGAUGCUGCUUUAGGGAUAAAAGGAAAGAGUUGGGAGCAAGGUCUGUGAGGAAGGGCCAGCCAGGGUGGGAGGGUAAUAGGUAAACACCCAGUGCAUGAAGGGGAAGGGCUCCAAAUGACAUCUACUUGCACUGCUUGGCCAGGGGCAUCCCUGCCAAGAGGAAGAAAAGCUGAGACUACCUUUCAGUGCCCCACCUCCACUCCGGAGGCUGGAGCUCUUCCUCAAGGAAUCACUAUGUCCAAUCAAGAGCAAAAAAACUACAAACAAUGAAGAACUAAAAAAGGCAUAUGCACAAGAAAGAAUCUACAGAAAAAUGUGGAGCAGUUACCUCAGCCUUGAUAAGCCCCAUGUGUCUCUGUUGCUUGAGGUUAAGGACAGUGGAGCUCAAGAGCCAGCUAGGUGGAGCCAUAUCCCUGGCCCACUUGCCCACUUGCAACCCAUCCUCUUUGAAAUUCCUUAAAACUCCCUCCUUGCCAAGGACCUUUUCCCAAAUGGAGACCCAAGCCGUGCCUGCAGUGUCACAGCCACUAUGGAAUCAAAGAAGCAAAUGCCAGCCUCUAGACUGGAGAGUGGCCACCUGGACGGAGCACAAAAAGAGAAGAUGGAUGCUUUAGGCUAGGCUGGCAACACCAUUCUGCACCCUGGGCAAGUCCCUGCAUCUCUUUGAGCUUUCAUUUAUUUGUCUCUAAAAUGGAAAAUAAUCAUUCCUGCUGUUCUUGUUAUAUAGGACACUGUUGCUUCUCUGAGCACAAUAAAACACACAUACAGAGAGAGAAACUGCCAAUUGCUUGUUUUGUUUUCUGUCAUUAAGGCUGCAAGUACACAGGGCAGGAACCGUUUGUUCCUUUGUACCACAGCUGCUACUGAGUAAAUGUCAUCAGUAAUGAGAAUAUUGGAACACAUUGCAGCCACUGUCCUGUGUUUUACAGACACUGCUCACCAACCAGUCACCACUUGACCCCCAGCAUGAGGCCAGAGAUGCAAAGCCAAUGAUCCAGUCCAUUAGUGACAAAGCUGCUAGGCUGCUGGGUCCAGACAACUGUGGAAAACCAACUUAUUCAUUCAUUUGUUCAUUCAGUAAAUGUUUAUUGAGUACCUACUAUGUGCCAGAAAUUGUGCCUGGUGCGCUGUGAAUACUGUAGUGAAUAAGUCCAACAUGGCUCCUUUUCUUACAGAGCUUAUAGUCCAGUGGGCCAUGACCGCUGGCCCUUGUUAGAAGCUAGAACUAUCAUUAACAUGUGGUCUAGUCUCUCUCCACUCUUGCUUCUGUUGACUCAGAUCCUUGAUUAAAUAUUUACCUGCCCAAGUUACCCUUCAGGAGAUUCCUGAGAUUCUUCCACCUUUUCAGGAUUCUUUCUCAAUCAGGGUGCUGACAGCAUGGUUCUAGGCCUAUGCAAAAUUCGUCCUGGGUGACCUGAAUUGACCAUCUGUGCCUCAGAGUUAUAGUUCUACUAUUAUGAAGACCUGGGGCCCUCCACCCCCACGUCCACCAUCAUGAUUCUCUUUUUCUGUCUCAAACACACACACACACACAGAGGAAAUGAGUGAAUUCUGCCCUAGAAGGAUUUGUUCUACCUCUUUACACAGUAACCAGUAAACUUCUCCAUUUAUGAAAUGAAAAAGAAGCCAGGAAAUCUCCCUGUCUCCCAUUGUGGCUAUUGAUUCAGGAUCGUUUCUUCCAGGAAGGGAUGGCCUUAAACUUGUGCCCAAAGUUCUCACAGUGUGGCCUUGGACAAGUCACUAACCUCCUGAUGCCACCAUUUCCCCAUUUGUAAAAUGCGGAGUAAAUCUGUCAGGGCUCUUGGGUUGAGA